CCAAAUAAAGCAAAGAAAACCUCCAAAAAGCAAUCUUCCUCUCUCUGUCUUUGGCGACCAGUUCUAAAGCGCCUCGAAGAAUCAUAAAUUAUGAGAGGACUCUGAAAUUCUUUCACAAUUUUGUCCUUGCACAGAGAUCGAAUCAGUGCUUCUCCAAGAAGUUAGUUCCCUUCGUCUUCCCCGUCUUCCAUCUCGGUCUUCGCCUACUCUUUCACAGUUGUUUUGUCGCGUAGGUAAACAGUAAGCAGAUGUCCUAUGAGUGUGGGAUUCAUGGCGCACUCUAGUCUGCAAUGAAGAGAGAGAAAGUAACUGCAUGAAUGAAGAAAUAACCAUUUGGGAUUUCCUUGUCCACAUUUAGGCUCUCUGCCACAAGCGUUGCCGGGUUGAGGAGGUGAAAAUGGAGAAUGGUGAAAGCAGCAGCAGCAGCAAUGAGAGGCACGCCGUGUGCAAGGACCACUCGUGCUCUCGCCAGUUCCGCAAUGGCUCCAAUCCUUGGAUGGCAAGAUAUGUAUAUGGCUUGAUUUUUCUAGUUGCAACUCUUCUAGCAUGGGCUGCUCGAGAUUAUGGCCGCAACGCCAUGAUGGAAGUGAAGAGAUUAAGAGGAUGCGAAGAUUCAAGAGACUGUUUGGGUGCUGAAGCAGUUCUGCGAGUGAGCUUGGGGUGCUUUACAUUUUUUAUCAUAAUGUUUUUUUCAACAGUUGGCACCUCAAAGAUGGAUGAGCCCAGAGAUUCUUGGCAUUCUGGAUGGUGGUCUGCAAAGAUAGUUAUGUGGAUUGCCUUUACUACCAUCCCUUUUUUGCUUCCCUCUGGCAUUAUUAAGCUCUAUGGGGAGAUUGCACAUUUUGGUGCCGGGGUCUUUCUUCUAAUUCAGCUGGUAAGCAUUAUCAGCUUAAUUAUGUGGCUGAAUGAUCGUUUUCAGCCAGAAAAAAGUGCAGAAAGAUGCCAAAUCUAUUUGAUGUUACUUGCAAUGACUGCAUAUUUUGUGUGCUUGGGGGGGAUCAUUUUGAUGUAUAUUUGGUAUGCACCGGAGCCAUCUUGCGUCCUCAAUAUAUUCUUCAUUACUUCAACAUUGGUGCUCCUCCAACUCAUGACCAGUGUCGCUCUUCACCCGAAAGUGAAUGCUGGCAUAUUGACACCAGGGCUCAUGGGGCUUUAUGUGGUCUUUAUCUGUUGGUGUGCAAUUAGGAGUGAACCAGCAGUGGGAAAGUGCAUCAGGAAUGCAGGAGCCACAGACAAAACAGAUUGGCUUACCAUCAUAAGCUUUGUUGUUGCUGUGCUUGCGAUUGUUAUUGCAACGUUUUCAACAGGCAUAGAUUCCAAAUGCUUUCAGUUCCGGAAGGAUGGGACACACGCCCAAGAUGAUGUUCCGUAUGGUUAUGGCUUCUUCCACUUAGUGUUUGCCACAGGAGCGAUGUACUUUGCAAUGCUACUGAUUGGUUGGAAUACUCAUCUUUCCAUGAAAAAGUGGACGAUUGAUGUGGGGUGGACCAGCACGUGGGUCAGAAUAGUGAAUGAGUUGCUGGCAGUCUGUGUCUACAUAUGGAUGCUGGUGGCUCCACUCGUAUGGGGGUGCUGGCAGACAGAAUCCACAUGAGACGUUCAAAAAAUGAAAAGGAAUUGCAAUAUACUCAGGUAGGCUGAAGCCAGUGCAACCCAGCACACCUAUAUGAAGGUACGGACUGUAUUAUUAUUCCAGUUGCAUACAAAGACGAUAUUCAAACCUUCGGCUCCAUGCGAAGGGUAAGCAAAGAAAACACAGAUUAUUCAUACCGCUUAGAGAGAUUAGAUCCAUCUUUGUUAUUUGUAAAUGCAGUACUGGCCGAGACUAAUGCCUAUCUAGUAGAACCAUAGAGGUCCCAGUUCGUAAUGUAUCUCCUUUUACUUCGAUGCCCAGGUGCACAACUAAUUUAUACGAAGGCCAUAGUUUCCCCCC